AAAUUUAUAAGUAAACCAUGCUGUUGAUUCACUGAAGGUAUUUGUUUGGUGUGACUUGAGCUGCAAACAUCGAACAAAAUGGAAAUGAAAUUUUUGGUUGCAUUCGUCUGUAUUGCCACAGUGCUCGGGGCUGCCUCGAGUCAAGUUUGCAGUGGAAAACCGGACGGAAGCUUCAUUGCGGAUGACAAGCAAUGUAAUUCCUACUACUCCUGCGUUGGUGAAAUGGCAAUCCCCUUGAACUGUUCUCCUGGAUACCAUUACAAUGCCGUCCGGCAGAUAUGUGAGCAGCCCAGCCAGGCCGGAUGUAUCAAAUGCCCGUCUACAGGAUUCCGUAAUUUGCCGGUUGCUGGUUCGUGCGAUAAAUUCGUUCAAUGCUUCAAAGGCGUCGCAAGUGAUCGGGUGUGUCCGGGUGGAUUGAUGUUUGACGCAAGUUGGGGACAGUGCAGUCUGGAGAAAAAUGUGAAAUGUUGAUAAAUGUUGGAUCUCUGCAAAGCUACAAACUGAGUCAAUAUACAGAUUCGCUUAUCCAGUAACAUUUUUAGUUGUAUUAAAACUAGUGCGAAUAAACACAGACAUGCUUUA